CGCCGGUCCUGCCGACGUGGCGGGGCGGGACCCGGGGCUCCCGCGCGCACUCGACCGACCAAGCGAUAUUAAAAUGUCUGAUGAUGCUGGUGACACCAUAGCCAAUGGAGUCGGAGAAGAUGCUGCUGAGAUGCCCAACAGUGACUCCCCUGCUGAAGAGGCAGCAGAAGUACAGUGUGGUCCAGCUACAGCUUCAAGUGAACCAGCACCAGCUGACCACACGGGAGAGCAGCCUGAGAUCACAGCUGCAUGUGCAGAGUCUGCCCCUACAGGGCUUCUAGACCAGUCCAAGGCCAGUGCUGCCGACGAGACUCCCCUCAACGGAGAAGUAACUGAAGACACCCUGGUUGAGUGCAUUGAUUCCGUCAGCCUCGAGGGUGACACCGGAUCUGAAAUACCUCUGAAAGAACAGAAUGAGAAUGAUGUGGCUGUGGACCCCUCGUCACAAGCAGGAAGAUGGGCAGGCUGGGGAUCCUGGGGGAAAUCUCUGCUCUCAUCUGCAUCAGCCACAGUAGGUCAUGGAUUAACAGCAGUCAAAGAAAAGGCAGGGGCAACCCUGCGAAUCCACAGUGCCAAUUCCGCAUCUCCCGAAGGGGCCUCAACUGAUGCCAAAAACGGAAUCUCCGGAAAUGUGACUCCAGAUCAGGACCCUGCCGGAGGCCCCCACACUCCUCCUCCACCAGGGGCGCCAGGGUCGAGGGGCAUGCUGUCAGCCCUCACCAAUGUGGUUCAAAACACGGGCAAAAGCGUCUUAACCGGAGGUCUGGAUGCUUUAGAAUUCAUUGGCAAGAAAACCAUGAUUGUCCUCGCAGAAAGCGACCCAGGGUUUAAGCGGACCAAGACACUGAUGGAGAGAACCGUCUCUUUGUCCCAGAUGUUGAGAGAAGCCAAGGAGAAGGAGAAGCAGAGGCUGGCCCAGCAGCUCACGGUGGAGAGGACUGCACACUAUGGGAUGCUGUUUGAUGAAUAUCAAGGUUUGUCACACCUGGAAGCCCUGGAAAUUCUGUCCAAUGAGAGUGAGAGCAAGGUUCAGUCCUUCUUAGCAUCACUGGAUGGAGAGAAGCUGGAACUCUUGAAAAAUGACCUAAUUUCUAUCAAAGACGUCUUUGUAGCCAAAGAAUCAGAGAAUGAAGCAAAUCCAGAAGAACAAGGCCUGGAAGAAAGCGGGGAAGAAUUUGCCAGGAUGCUUACAGAGCUCCUGUUUGAAUUACACGUCGCUGCCACACCUGACAAACUCAAUAAGGCCAUGAAGAAAGCUCAUGACUGGGUUGAAGAAGAUCAAAGCGUGGUGUCAAUAGAUGUGGCCAAAGGGUCGGAGGAGGAAGAGAAGGAAGAAGGAAAGGAAGAGAAAACCGAAGAACCAGAAGAAGACAAAACAGGGGGCCAAGGAGCUAAGACUGUAGAGGAAGUAUACAUGCUGUCUAUUGAAAGUCUGGCUGAAGUCACUGCACGCUGCAUUGAACAGCUACAUAAGGUUGCCGAGUUGAUUCUCCAUGGCCAAGAAGAGGAGAAACCAGCUCAAGACCAAGCAAAAGUUCUGAUAAAAUUAACCACAGCAAUGUGCAAUGAAGUAGCCUCCUUAUCGAAGAAGUUUACAAAUUCUUUAACCACUGUUGGGAGCACCAAGAAGGCUGAAGUCCUUAACCCCAUGAUCAAUAGUGUGUUUUUAGAGGGCUCCAACAGCACCACAUAUGUGCAGGACGCCCUCCAGCUGCUGCUCCCGGUACUGCAGGUCUCCCACAUCCGCAUCAGCUGUUUGAAAGCUACAACCCAGCCAGAUUCCAGCUAGUUCAGUAGCAGGCCACAUCUCCUCACUACAUACCAUCUAAGGCAACAGACUUCUACGUCACUGGCCAGACCACUUGAGGACACUACAAGCAAUCUUUGCACAGUUUUGAAAAUACCAAGAGUUAAAAUUUCUCUUAAUGUAUACUGUUUUAUCAAUAAUUAUGUUUUCUUUAUGUUAACUUAAACUUGUACUUGUUCUAUUGAAGUUUUCCUUUAAUUUGCAGUUCAUUCACAAAUAUAUCUGUCUUCCUGGCCAACCAGACUAUAUUAGAAUUAGAAAUUCCUAGAGAGAACUUAGAUUUUUGUUCAGCUUUGAAAUGUCUACCCUUCUGUGCUCUAUUUUUCUCAAACAUGGCUUUAAGUGAGUUCUUAUACUAAACUUCAUUUUAUUGCAUAAACAUCAGAAGCAAAAAUAAUGCUACUUAUUUGGUUUAAAAGGGGACAUAAAUAUCUUUUUGUAGUCAUUCACUUUGUGACAAGAUUUAUUGAGCAUCUCCUAUGUGUUUACCAUAGAGGAAUAUGAUAUCACCCCAACAGAUACAUGCUCUUAAAGGUGAUUUAUAAUAAUCUUUAACAUACUUUAAGAUACUAAGUAAGAUGUUUUCUAAACCUUAAAGUGCCUAAAGAACCAAGUAAAUGGGUGGCUGUUUAAAAUGUGCAGCCCUUCAAUUUAUUACAAUUUUCAACCUCUUUGAACUUUUUUUUUACUCCAGAUUACCUCCAGGGUAAAAAUAUGUAUGAAAAGGGGUAUGAAAGAAUAUUUAUUUUUGAGAUGAGAAUUUCACUAUGUAGCCUUGG